AUGCGUCGCCCCCGCUGCGGCGUCCCUGACAAAUUCGGGGCGGAAAUCAAGGCCAACGUGCGGCGCCGGCGCUACGCCAUCCAGGGCUUGAAGUGGGAACACCAAGAGAUCACCUUCUGCAUCCAGAACUACACCCCCAAGGUGGGGGAGGCUGGGACGUUCGGGGCCAUCCGUCGGGCUUUCAGCGUUUGGGCGGCCGCCACCCCGUUGCGAUUCCGGGAGGUGCCCUACGGGGACGUGCGGCAGGGCCGGGCACCCCAGGCGGACAUCAUGAUCUUCUUCGCCGAGGGCUUCCACGGGGACAGCACCCCAUUCGACGGGGAAGGUGGCUUCCUAGCCCACGCCUACUUCCCCGGCCCCCACAUCGGUGGAGACACCCACUUCGAUGGUGCUGAGCCCUGGACCGCCCGCAACGAUGACCUCAGUG